UGUAAAGAAAUCUAACAUUUUAAGACAGCACAAGCGUAUAAAAGUAAACCUCCACCUGCGUUAAUUGUCGAAAGCUAUUCAGUUCCCAUUCUACGUCUCUUCCUUCUUCGACCAUUCCUCGCAGGUAUUACAACUUUGGUGACUCUCCAACUUGAUAGAGAGACCGAUGGUUUCUCUUCGAAGGAAACAUUUUCUCACUCUUUCUCUUCCAAACCUCCUGAAGAAUGAAACCAUCUGAAUGUAAUCGAAACCAUGGCAGUGUCUUCAACUAUCUACAGAACAAACCCUACGCGUCAUCCUCCAACAACGGUGGCUUUAGGGUUCUGUCGCAAGUCAGGGUUAUUAGGAUUCGGGCAGAUGAAUCUUGUGGUUCACAUGUUUGAUUCAGGUCGAGUUGGAGUGACUUUACGGCGACAGAAACUAACAUGGCGUUGUGAAGAUUUCUGGCGAGACGAUUAGGGUUCCGACGAGCCCUUUCAGUGCAAGACUGCCAUCUCUGUCAAAAAGAACCGAUCAAACAGGAACCAGUUUGGAUCAUAACAAGGAUUCGGAGAUAUUUGGAAGCUGUGGUGGUGAUGGAUUGGUGCGGAGUUUCGUUAAUUGGCCUAAUUUUACCUCCACGAGUAGAUUGGUUUCUGGUCCGGUUCAUGGAUGAAACUGAAACAUCUUGCGUUUUUAGGGAUUCACCAGCUGUUCUAGAAUCGGAAUCUUCCGAUCUCCAGCAACAACUCGCCGACAAGGAGGCGGUUAUCGGAGAUCUGUACACUUUGGGCUGCUACUAUAUUCCCCAAUUAAUUUCAGGUCAUAAAAGGCACAAUGUGAAGGCCAUAGUUGUUACAGGUGCAAAAGGCAAAUUUUCUGGUGGUUUUGACAUUAGUGCAUUCGGUGCACUGCACUGCAGGAAGGGAAAUGUAUGAAUAUUGUAAACAUUGCGUUCUGUCUGUGUGUCAACUAGAGAUGGAAAUUAGGUGGUUUCACGGGUCAAAAUGGGUCAUUUAUAUAUGAA